UUUUCAAGCUCUUUCCCUAAAUGACGUCUAAAGGAAAGUUCCAUUGCUAAAUGAAGUCGCGGCCGAAUCGAUUGGUUACGCCUGCGUGGGCUAUUCACGCUUCCAUUUGUUGGGUCUGAGUGGCUGUCGGCCGUGUAAGGUUUAGGGCUCCUCUGUUACUCCUAGACUAAACCCUUAAACCUUUUCUACCCCCUCUUCACCCCCGGUUACCGCUCCAACUGGUCCGGCGUUGUGUCUCUCCGUUUCUACCCAAGAAAGCUGAAAUCGCCGGGCCCUGGUGACGGAGACCGGGGGAGGAGAGGGAGCGGGCGUCACGUUCCCUACAAAGCCAGACAUACAGACUGGGCCUGUGAGGAGUCGGGGAAGGAACCACAGCGCGGAAGAGGAGUGCCCUUGUUCGAGGGGAGACUCGACGGCAACAAGACGGAAGUAUUUGUCUGCCCCAGACUGGGGACGGUGCUGCCUGAAGGUGGGGAGCAGAAAAAGCAGGUUUCCUCCCCGGGGUUUGAUGAUGAACCCGCGGUGGGGAUCCGGCACGUCCCAAACAGCUCCUCUCACCAGCGGCUAAUCUUCCCAACACACCAGCGGUGAGUACCUGGGUAUGGCAUCACAGCUGCAGGUGUUCUCCCCUUCUUCAGUAUCGUCCAGUGCCUUUUGCAGUGCAAAGAAACUCAAAGUUGAGCCUUCUGGCUGGGAUGUUACGGGACAGGGUAGCAGCAACAAGUAUUACACACACACCAAAAACCUCCCAGUUGCUCAAGGACACGCAAGUUCAUCUCACCAGGUAGCUGGUUUCAGUCUACCUGCCUACGAACCCAAUCUCCUAAUCCCUGCAGCAGCUGCAGAGCACAUUGUGGUAACAGCUGCAGACAGCACAGACAGUGGGCCCACCACUUCCUUCCAGAACAGCCAAAUCCUUACCCACAGAAGCAACGUUCCUUUACUGGACCCUUACCAAAAAUGUGGACUGAAAAGAAAAAGUGAGGAGGUAGACAGCAACGGUAGUGUACAGAUCAUUGAUGAACGGCCACCUCUGAUGCUGCAAAACAGAACUGUGGUGGGUGCUGCUGCCACGACCACCACUGUAACCACUAAAAGUAGCAGUUCCAAUGGUGAAGGAGACUAUCAGCUUGUCCAACAUGAAAUUCUUUGUUCCAUGACAAACAGCUAUGAGGUUUUAGAAUUUCUGGGAAGAGGUACGUUUGGGCAGGUGGCAAAAUGCUGGAAGCGGAGUACCAAGGAGAUUGUAGCCAUUAAGAUCUUAAAAAAUCACCCUUCCUACGCCAGGCAAGGACAGAUUGAAGUGAGCAUCCUGUCUCGCUUGAGCAGUGAAAAUGCUGAUGAGUACAAUUUUGUGCGUUCAUAUGAGUGCUUCCAGCACAAGAAUCACACUUGCCUUGUUUUUGAGAUGCUGGAGCAGAAUCUUUAUGACUUUCUGAAGCAGAACAAGUUCAGUCCGCUACCACUGAAAUAUAUCCGACCCAUCCUUCAGCAGGUAGCCACUGCUUUAAUGAAGCUUAAGAGCUUGGGCCUAAUUCAUGCUGAUUUGAAACCUGAAAACAUUAUGCUUGUGGACCCAGUGCGUCAACCAUACAGGGUGAAGGUUAUAGACUUUGGAUCUGCAAGCCAUGUAUCUAAAGCAGUGUGUUCCACUUACUUGCAGUCUCGUUACUACAGAGCUCCUGAAAUCAUACUUGGUUUACCAUUCUGUGAAGCGAUUGAUAUGUGGUCGUUGGGCUGUGUCAUAGCAGAAUUGUUUCUUGGAUGGCCCCUGUACCCAGGAGCAUCAGAAUAUGAUCAGAUUCGAUACAUAUCCCAGACUCAGGGCCUUCCUGCUGAAUACCUUCUGAGUGCGGGAACAAAGACCUCCAGAUUUUUCAACAGAGAUCCAGACCUGGGCUACCCUCUAUGGAGGCUAAAGGCACCAGAUGAACAUGAAAUGGAAACAGGAAUAAAAUCGAAAGAGGCGCGAAAGUAUAUCUUUAAUUGCUUGGAUGACAUGGCUCAGGUGAAUAUGUCUACAGAUUUAGAGGGCACAGAUAUGUUGGCAGAGAAAGCAGAUAGGAGGGAAUAUAUUGACUUGUUGAAGAAAAUGUUAACCAUUGAUGCUGAUAAAAGGAUAACUCCACUGAAAACAUUAAACCAUCCAUUUGUCACUAUGACACACCUACUGGAUUUCCCACAUAGCAACCAUGUGAAGUCUUGUUUUCAGAAUAUGGAGAUUUGUAAGAGAAGAAGUAAUAUGUAUGAUACCGUGAAUCAGAUCAAGAGUCCAUUUACCACACAUGUUGCUCCUAACACAAGCACAAACUUGACUAUGAGCUUCAACAACCAGCUUAACAGUGUGCACAAUCAGGCUAGUGUUCUGGCUUCAAGCUCGACGGCUGCAGCUACUCUUUCCCUUGCCAACUCUGAUGUUUCGCUGCUUAACUAUCAGUCGGCAUUGUACCCACCAGCUGCUGGUCCAGUUACAGGAGUUACACAGCAAAGUGUCUCUCUGCAGCCUGGAACAACUCAGCUCUGCACUCAAACUGAUCCAUUCCAGCAGACGUUCAUUGUCUGCCCCCCAGCAUUUCAAGCUGCUGGACUUCAAGCAACAACCAAGCAUUCCGGGUUUCCAGUUCGAAUGGACAAUAGUGUUCCCAUUGUUCCACAAGCUCCAGCUGCUCAGCCCCUCCAGAUCCAAUCUGGAGUUCUAACACAGGGAAGCUGCACCCCCCUAAUGGUAGCAACUCUUCAUCCACACGUAGCCACCAUCACUCCGCAGUAUGCGGUGCCAUUUACCCUGAACUGCGCAGCCGGGCGGCCGGCGUUAGUUGAACAGACUGCUGCCGUACUGCAGGCAUGGCCUGGCGGAACGCAGCAGAUAUUGCUGCCAUCUACUUGGCAGCAGCUUCCUGGUGUAGCGCUCCACAAUUCUGUUCAGCCAACCGCCAUGAUUCCAGAGACUAUUGGGAAUAACCAGCAGCUUACUGAUUGGAGAAAUGCACAUUCCCAUGGGAACCAGUAUAGCACACUGAUGCAGCAACCUUCUUUAUUGGCCAACCAUGUGACUUUGGCAGCAGCCCAGCCUUUGAAUGUUGGAGUGGCUCAUGUAGUUCGUCAGCAACAGAAUAGCAACACAUCAACAAAGAAAAACAAGCAACAGGCAUCCCAAAGCAGUUCAAAGGCUCUCUCGUCCUUGGAUGUUAUUCCAUCACAAGUUUAUUCACUGGUUGGAAGCAGCCCACUUCAGGCGUCUUCGUCAUACAACCCACUUCUCCCACUCCAAGAACAACGUCAGCCUAUUGUUAUUCCAGAUACACCCAGCCCUCCAGUGAGUGUUAUAACCAUCCGAAGCGAUACCGAUGAAGAGGAAGAUAGCAAGUAUAAACCAACAAACUCUGGAAUGAAGCUGCGAUCCAAUGUUAUCAGCUAUGUCACAGUAAAUGACUCUCCUGAUUCUGAUUCGUCUGUGAGCAGCCCUUACCUGGCAGAUCGCCACACUUCAGUUAAUGGAGUGACUGGGGUUUUUGAUAUGUCAAAUAGCCGAACAGCUCACAGCCAGAGUUUGAACUCGCGUACAAUCAUUGUCCCACCACUGAAAAGUCAAAUGAAUGACUGCCCAUUGGAUACCCAGCUAACAGGUGUUCUAAGCGGUGCUGCCAAGAUAACUAAAAGUUGUACUGCUACAAACGGACAAUCAAGCAGCUGCAUCACACAAACGGGGUGUCGCUCACAUCGCAUGCUGAAUGGAGUACAGCCGCUCAACCUCAGCCAGAACCAGCAGUCAGCCAUGAUGGGAACCCAGGAGAGAAGCAUGAACCCAGGUUCUCGAAGACAACAGGCUUAUGUGGCUCCUCUCCCUUCAAUAUCUCAGGCACCAUUCACCUUCCAGCACAGCAGCCCCUUACAUUCCACUGUGCACCCUCAUCUUGCAGCAGCUGCAACAGCCACCAGCCAUCUGACAAGCCAGCCUCACAUGUACACCUAUGCCCCUACCACUGCUGCAUCUCUGGGGUCAACUACAUCAAUAGCUCAUCUGUUCUCCCCUCAGGGUUCCUCAAGGCAUACAACGUUUGCUACUCACCCUAGCACUCUGGUCCACCAAGUCCCUGUCAGUGUUGGGCCCAGCCUGCUGACCUCUGCCAACGUGGCUUCUGCACAAUACCCUCACCAAUUUGCGGCUCAGUCUUAUAUUGGUGCCUCCAGGGGUUCUGCAAUAUACACUGGAUAUCCUCUUAGUCCAACCAACAUCAACCAGUACUCCUAUCUAUAGUCCAUGAUCUGCAGGCUUUUCCAGGAUUGACUGUUACCUGGCAGAAUUCCUAUGGAGCAAGCCUGAUUUAAGGGGCUUCUCUCAAUUUCUAUUGACUGCAUUGUAGUAGUCACAUAAGCUUUGUUCAGUGUUAAAAAUUUUCUGUGGUUUCAUGUAUCUUGGACUUUAGAGCAUUCUCUUUCAUUGCUAAAUCAUAGUUUGGGACUGGAUUGAUUUAGGGUCCUGUUUUCCUGCAGAUGAUUAGCUGUACCCUGUAAGAACUAUUUUGUCUUUUCUUUUUUUCUUUUUUUUUUAAUUGUAUGUAGUAUUUUAACACAUUUCUGCUUAGUAGUGGGAAAGUCAGUCCUCUAGUUUAAUAGUAUUUCAGGUAUUUUCAUUUAUUGGUUUGAGUCAUUAACAGUUUCUUUCACUCACUUAUAUCUGGUAAUUUUAAAAAUGUUUAACAAUUUUAAUCAUUUUUUUUAACAUUUUCCCAAUUUUUAAGCUUUUGAACUACAUUCCUUGUUUUCCCAGUUUAAAGGAUUUAUCAUUUUUGACAUAUCUGCAUUGCAUUAUCAACACAAGCAAGAUACUGGCUUUUACUUUUUCAGUGAUUCCUUAGCUGUGUUUUGUGUUGGCAAAUAUAUCAGAUUUAUAUCCCUUCUUUGGACAUUUUCUUUAUCAUAUUUGUUUCUCUUUACAUAUAUAGAACCAAACAAGUCUAGUAUUGUGGAUCAUUUGGAAAAAAAAUCUUAACAGGGUAUGAGAUAUGCUAAAUUUAAACAGAUCCUUUGUAAGGGUUGCUUAUUUCAGUUCUCUAUAUGAUGAAAUGGUGCAGAUCUGUGCAUUAGUACAGUCAUACAAUUAACCCGCUGCUACUGAAGUUUUUAAUAUCAGUUGUUCUCAAACAGUACCCCAGAAAUACCGGCUUGUCCAGUUAGGCUAAGGGCACACAAUUCUGAUGUGUUUUGUAUUAAGGUGGAGAAAAGUGAAUUUGCUCUCCACUCCUUCAUGUAGCUCCACUCCACAUUUUUGCUUAAAAUUGAAUGCAGUAGUUAGUAAAAAUAACAGUUCACUUAUUAAGACAAAAAAAGAUGUCCUUAAGCGUUUCAUCCCUGCUGAGUCCCAACAGGCACAAAACAUGUUAGGCCAUCCUUUCAUGUCCUCAUAAAGGAAUUUUUAUAUUUACUAACUACUGAUUUGACUUCUUGAGAGUCUCUCAUCAUCCUUUUUAUGUGAUCUCUUAUCAUAUACAAAUAGACUAGGGUUAAUUGUGAGACAUUUUCUCCAUAUUUAGCCUGCUUAAUAUUACACUAUUUAAAUGUGGUGCAUUUAUACUUUGUUUAGGGCAGUAUACAGCGUUUUCUUACUUGUUCUUAUGCAUUUUUUUCUCCAAAAUCCACUAAGUAUAGCUGAAAACAAGCUGAUGCCCAAACCGCAGGCAAAGAAAAUAAGAUAAUCUGCAUCGUGUGCCUGUAGCCUAAAAAGUGUUUUAUUUUCCACCCUUUCUCAGGAGCAACUCAGUAAGGGGAUGGGGAUGCUGGCAUAUUUAAUAACACUGGAAACAGACAUCAGAGGUGAUGUUGCCCUUGGCAACCAUUCAGCUCUUUGCUUUUGUUUUACAGUUUGUAGGUGACCGUUCAAACGUAAUUGCUGAUAUGGUUGAUAUGCGCAACAUCACUGGCGAUGUUGGUCUCCAACCCUAGGUGAUACUGUUCUUACCACGCUCCCUGAGUUUAAUUAAAGUUUACCGUUCUUUGAAAACAUUAGAUGAUACAGUUCUCAACAGCAUUUGAAGAAUGUCCACAACUUUCAGCUUUCUGAGUUAAAUAGUAAAUAGUUGAAAAAAUACAUUAUUUCAGUUGCUUUCAACAUCCAGAACGGUAAACAAGUGUUUGGAAGCUAACCUACCCCCUUAAUUGCUGUUGGGCAUACAGAGUUGCUCCUGCAGCUGUAUUUUCCAUGUGUUUCUGCAGCGAAGAGCAGUGGAACACAUUUAAUUUGAGGAUAAGAAAACCAUGUCAGAUGCAGUGUGUUUAGAAUGACAAAUAAAUGCUUUCAUGUGGCAGUCUUUGAUCUUGUUGCCACUGUUCUGGAGACAAUACAGGCAAAUCUCCCCACUCAAACAGUCAGUACAACUGUUUGUGGUGCACCUUGGCUCUGCUUAAGAUCUAAACAGUGCACCUAUUGUUUCCUUCCUUAUGUUGCAUUUUUGCAUGCGGUGUGGCUUAGUAAUUGUUAGUAAGUCUUAAGGUGGCCAUACACUGAAAAAUCUGCUCGUUUGGGGACUUGCCCCUUGACCGCUUGAUGUGGGUGCUAUCAGGUUGAUCCGAUCGUUUGGCUGGAGGGUCAUGUGAUCAAAUCACAUUGAUGGGAUGUAGGCUGAAGGGGCGAGGUUGGGUAGGCAGUCUAAGGGCCCCACACAAGCAGAUAAGUUGCUUACUUGGCCUGUUGCCAGCUUUUAUUAGCCCGUGUAUGGUCAGCCCACCAUAAGUCUGAGGGUAGUGCUUCUGCCUCAUGUCCCUUGCAAUUCUUGCAAGCUAAUUGGGUGGGGUACUUAAUAUGCAAGAAAUCCAUAUUAACGUUAAAGUCCCAGCUCUUGCAGGUAAUGGUCCUUUAAUAAGGACAGGUUUUCUAGAAAAGGAACGGUAAACCAUGAAUGACUUACCUACCCAAUCUUUUUAUUUCUGUACCACAGUUCCCAUCGCCUCUGGAAACUGUAACCUUAGCUUUGACUUUGUUGUAAACAAACACAUCACUAUAAAUAAUACUAGUUAUUACAGCUAUUCAUUUGCAUAUUUCCCUAGCACAAAACCUUAAUAUACAUUAUAUAGGCUAUUUAGGGUACAAAUACCUUGGCACCUGGUAAGGAGACCCACAUGGAAUAAAGUCUUCUCUAGAGCACACACCUUUCUCUGUUGGUGGAGUCACAUCUGCUAUGUGUAUAUAUAACAUUGAGCACUCACAUCUGCAUGGAAAAGCUUGUCACAUUUUAUCCAUUUACAGAGAACAUGCAAAAAAAAAAACAGAAUUUUAAAUUUUCUUAUAGAAUUUCAAGUUAUUCUAUAGGUUUUGUAAUUGUGGUGUUUUAAUAUUUUACACAAGGUUUGAAUGAGUGUACAUGAAAACAAUGCUUUCAGAUCCACAGUGGCCCAUAAUGCUUUGCUGGCCACUCCAAAUAGCAUCAGAAGGACCAUACUGAAAUGCAUCUUUGUAAUCAAACUGUUAGUGUUGAUACUUGAAUCUUUGUAUGUGCUGUCAGCUUUUUUUUUUUAUUAUUAUUUUAAAAAGGUGGAUGAUUAUUAGUGUGUGUUCUUAGGUUUUAUUUCCCCUUUUGAUUUGUUUUUAAACCAAAACGAAUUGUGGGAAUGUUUGUCAAAAUAAGUUUUUAGGACUUAUCACUGUAGCACUGAUAAAUAUAAAUAUAUAUGAAUAUAAAUAUAAAGAGUCUGAUAUGUACUCACAUUUUUUAAUGUGAGUAAACUGAAUAUUUCUGAUUUGUUUUGCACAGGUAUGUAUGGUGAUUGUUCAUGUAUGUUUCACUUAAUGUAGUGCCUUAAAUGCUAAUGUAGUGAUUAGUUUACAGUACGCUUGCCUUAUAAUAGGGCUAGCAAGCCCCUUUAAUAUAAGCAAUUCCCUAAAACCUAGAUGUAAAAGAAAACGUAAAUAACAAUGCUGUUGGGCUAUUAUGGAGUUGCCAUAUUGCUUUUUUUUUUAUAUAUAUAUAUAAAAAUAUAUAGAAAUCUUUAUUCCUUUUAAUGUGUUUUUUUGCUUCUAUCCUUUUUCCAUAAAAUGUUUUGUUAAACACAUAUUGAAUAUCUACAGGCUUCAUAAAUGUGCAAUUCCCCUUGCCUGUCUUUAUUUGUUGAAAUCUAAACAUUCCCUGUGAGUAUUUGUAAUGUCUUAGGAUGUUUAUACCAAAGAGAGUUUAGCUUUGUUGUACAGGGAAGCAGCAUGGUGGGUUCCAUCACAGGAUAAUGAUCCAGUGUCACGCAGAACUAUGGAAUAUUUCCUCUGAGUCUGCUUAGCUGUCUGUCAACUUUAUGUAAAUUGUCCAACAGGGCUUUUGUAAUUCUCCUUAUCAGCUGUCUAAUACAAGUCAGUGCAUGAUACUUUGCAAGUCACUUGUUUCCCUUUGCUGUUUGUUUAACCGCUUCAGUCCUAAACUGCCACCUUGGUUAGGUCCCCACCCAGUUACAUGUACUAAAGCUUGUACGUUAUAGAAGGAAAAAGUAAGGAAUUCCAUACAUAGUACAUUUCUGCUGUAAUACCAUAUCAAGUUGUUGCCUCAUUAAGCUUGUUUGCCUUUAAGCUGUGUUUUAAGGGAAACUAAUUCAUUUUUUCUGUGCCUUUUUAAAAGUGUCAUGUAAAAUCUUACACCCCAAGGCAUAGUGCUUUAACUGUCAUGAACCAGGUUCACCCUGCUUCAUGUGCACUGGACACCAUGAUAGAAGAAUGUUGGUGUCCAUCAAAAACAAGCUUUUUAAAACGGUUUCCCUAUAUUAGAGAAUGCCUACUGUAUGUUUUUUUCAGUUUGUAGUGAUAUUUCAAUAUGCUUCUCAUCCUGUAUCUGUUUUUAUUGUAAGGUGUCCUGAUCCCCAAGCUUUAAGGACAAUGUUAACUACUACUUGAAACACAUUUUAAGUGAUAAGAAGUAGUAGCUACUACCCAAUGUGAUAAAAGCCUUCAGCUGCAUUUUAUUUAAGAUGGUGUUAUAAUUGUGAAACAAUCGUAAGAUACUUUUGUUGAAGGAAUUCUUGGAUAAUUACAUAAUUAACCCUUUUAAAUGUAGUUUCACUUUUACACAAGCUAUAAUAAUGUAUUUUGUUUUUUUCUAUAACAUUGGAGCAGGGCUGUGUAAUGUGAACCCCACGGAUUUCUAUGGCUGGCCCCAAGCAUUGACAGAACUGCCUCAUAACAGUAAUCUUGCCCCCAAAGAAGUGAAAUAGCAGGUCAUUGGUCUCCCACAGAAUCUUGGACCACAUUGCAUUAAAUAUUCAGACCUAAGAUUAGAUAAAAUAUAAAUAUCCAAGAAACUUUUUUUUAAGAGGUACUGUAAUUGUGGAGUAGGUGGAAUGCUGGUCUAGUAAUGGAAGCUACGCAAGUGUACAGCCCUCAAAUUGCCCUCAAGGGGGUCAUGAUAUAACCCCAUGGUGCAAGCCAGGGUUUGUGUGUCACAGAGAGUAAGGGUAAAAUAUACCUUUCUAAGACGCACAAGAGCAGAACUUCUAUUUUUGGAAUGGAGUUUCAUCUAUAGUUACAUUGUUUUAAAAAAACAAAACAAAACAAAAUGCCCAUGGCCAGAGUAACCUGUAAUAAUGGAUACCAGGGCCUAAAACAAUGCCCUACCUCAGCAGUCAGCUAGCUCAGAUAUUGGUUGGGCAAGCUAAAAAACCUCUUUGGGGCAAGGGCACAUGGGGUGGGUUGUCAACCUGUUUAUAAGCGCAGGCUGACGAUCGGCCCCUGCGCUCUUAAAAAUAAAUAAACCUUCUAGCUGUACCUUGCAUUUGUGGUGGAUAUCGGCUGUGUGUGCCUUCACCAGGGCAGAUUCAAUGCUUCUAGAAGCAGGCACAACUAGAAGUGUAGGAGCAAAUUGUCUGUCUGUGCUUAUCAGGAAGCUGACUAUCCAACCAGAGUGCCCUUGCCCUUAGCCUAGAACAGCAUUGAGCCAUGGAUGUUGUAUAUAUAUCCUCCCCCCAUGGUUCAAUUUAUUGUCUGAAAGCUGAAUGGUGGUCAGGCUGUUCCUGAAUUGGUAAGCCACAGCAGAAACAGCUUGAUUUGGCUUACCACUUGAAUGACAAAAUUGGACGACAAAAAUUGGACAAAUAUUUGUCAUUUGAUUUGUUGGCUAUGGCCAUCUUUAGGCUUUACCUUGAGUGCAGAUGUCCGAAUGAAUUCUUAUACUAGACGGCUAUUCCCAUUGUUCCAGGCAUGAAGUAGCAUUCAUAGUGAAAGCUAUAAGAAGAGGCUUGAAGUGAAACGGCAGGGGUUCAAUUUUUUGAUGUUUUGGCUAUUUGGGGAUAACAGGGAUGCUUGUCCUAUAUCAGCCAGUUUUUAUUUGCUUAGAUGUGAUAAUGUUUUGUUACAUUUUAAGGAUGGCUAACUGGCCAUAAUUGAAGUUAUCACCAUUUCAAUGUUGCUAUUUCAUUGCUAAAAAUAAGUAAUAUGAUAAGUAAACUUAUAGUUCCCACUAUGAGGGAAAAUGUAUAAUAUAUAUUUUUUUUUUGGGGGGGGGGGGGGGCGGGAGUUUUUGCUGCUGUAGUGUGUGAGCUAAUUAAUUAUCCUAUAUCUUGGAUCUAAGCCUCCUUCUCUGGGACUCGGCAACAUAUAAUUGUGGUAACUUUAAUCAUUAGAAGGCAGAUGACAUGAACUCCAUAUGGAAAAUGUUGGGGAGCUGAGACAGCCGGGUUGUGUGGCCUGUCUUGGCAUGUCUGAGAGAGGACAAGCUGUACAUACUUUUAUUUUCAUAUCUUUUUUUUUUUUUUUUUUCAUUUUACGUAUUUCCCCUAUUUUAUUCUUUGCAGUGUACAUACCUAUACAUAGAUUAUUCUCCGUCAAUAUGUAGACUGUAUUUGUGAGCCUUUCUUCCUGAUCUAACUGUUCAGAAGACAAGUACGUGCCUAUGUUACUCUAUGAUUUAUAUAUUUGUUUAUUUGGUUUUAACUGAAGGUAAAGUAUUAUGAUCCAUAUUAACUUAAUGGCCUUUCGCUUGCUUACUGGUAAUCGUUUUUGCUGUCCCGUUAAAUGUGCUCAAAUCAGUGUCAUAAUGCAAGCAAUAAUUACUCCGUCAAAACAAAAAACCUUGUACCAGUAAUAUCUUCUUAGAUGAGUUGGCACUAUGUAACUCCAAGCCUACUGUGGAAUACUCUUGUUUAAUCUCUCUUGAAACCAGCAUGAUUUAAGCAGUGUAACAAUCUUGCUAGUACGUUUGAAGGCGCAAAUACAGGUGGAUUUGUAAAAAAAAUAAAUAAAUAAAACAAAAAAAAUUCCCCCUGGUUUGUAAUUGUUGUUUAUAUUAAUAAUAAAAAAUAUUGUCUUAAUCCCACGGUAACCUUGCACUGCAUGUGUCCAUUGUUGCUUACCUUUAUACAGCAGGUGACCACCUUUCUCCAUAUUAAUUUUGGCUUAAUGUUUAUCACUACAUGUAGCAGUGCGUUAGUAUGUAAUGUUAGUGUUAUGUUCCAUUGAUAACUGCAAUGAUUUUUUGUUUUAAUAUAUUUGAUAUGCUAGUUGCUGUGUGAAAUUUUUACCAAUGCCCAUUUUUCUAGCUGUGCUUUUAUUUCCUUUUUUCCCUCCUCCAAGCAGCUAUAUAACGUUUCUGGGAAUAACUGAUCUGUGUUUGUAUUGCUGGUGUUAUGGGGGAGGGAGGGGAUGACACAAAAUCAAACAAAACAACAAAAAAAAGGUAGACUUUAAAAUGACUAACUAUAUGGAAAAGGGUCCAUUGUGAAAACCUAGAAUAUCUUUGAAUUCAAUGUUUGUCUUUGGUUUUACAAAGUAGCUUGUAUUUUAUGUAUUUUCUACAUCAUAUGGCAAAAUGUAGAUUAAUUGAAAUGCAUCAAUAAAGAGGGGUAAUUUUCUUUACUU